AUGUCGCACAACCAUGCUUACUCACACGGCCCCUUCCAGUACCACGCCUCGCACGAUCAGCCCUUGGCCAACAUGGCCUCUCGGUCUCACGACCUGUACAAUCAACGUUAUGGCCAGGCUUUUCCUAAUGAUUACGAUUCGUACCAUCAGUCUCACGGCCAGUCUUCUUCUGGGUCUCACCACGUGAACAACCAGCCCAGCUCCCAGGGAAUCCCAUGGGAUUACGGCUCGUAUUUGCAUCCUUACGGCCAUGGCACCCUGCGAAUCGGCCAUCCGCACCAUCAGUCUCACGUCCAGGCUCCAUCUGAAGUUUAUGGCUUGCAAGGCCACCCAUUUACCCAGGGCGCCUCCUUCAUCGACCGGCUCAAUCAAUCUCGAGCACGCCGUGGGACGUAUGGAACGUCGCAAUCUCAGCUAAGAGCCAGCGUUAUUCCUCUACCGCAUGAGAGUAGACUAGCCAGCGACAUCCAAUGGCAGCAUUCGCGCAGCCUCGAGGAGGAGCCAGCGCUGGCCAAACGAGGGGACAGUGAAGAUCUCGACUACCUCCGACUCCUGGAAGACACACCUGUCCCGCAGCUCGGCUCCGCAUUAGCUUCGCGCCCUAACACGCAGUCGCUUUACCUCGACGAACGUCAAGCUCAUCAAGGUAUACACCAGCAGGCACACCAGCAAGCAACGCAGGGUAUAUCACACAAUCAUAUUUACACCCAGAAUCCCUCCGAGGUCCAUGCCUCGCAUCACCAGCCUUCGGCCAAUGUCGGCUCUCGGUCUCACGGCCUGUACAAUCCAUUUUAUGGCCAGGCUUUUUCUGGCCUUUUCAGUUUACACCAUCAGCCUCACGGCCAGUCUUUCUCCGGAUCUCACCACACGAGCAAUCAGCCCGGCGCUCAGGGAUUCUCAUGGGGCCACGGCUCGUACUUGCAUCCUCACGGCCAGGGCACCCUUCGAAUCGGCCAUCCGUACCAUCAGUCUGACGUCCAGGCUCCCUCUGAAUUCCACAGCUUGCAAGGACACCCCCUUGCCCAGGGUGCCUCUGGAUCUAAUGACCUGCUGAAUGAUACGUAUGCGCGCUACGAGACGUCCGGAACGUCGCAGCCUCAGCUUGGCGCCGCCAGGGUCAUUCCUGUCUCACACGAAGUCGAUGUUAUCGGCGAACCCCACUGGCAGCAUUUGCGCAGCCUCGCGAAGGAGCCAACGCUAGUCAAACGAGGGGACAGUGAAGAUUUCAACUACCUCCGACUCCUGGAAGACUCGCCCGUCCCGCAACUCAGCUCUGUGUUAGCUUCGCAACCUUACACGCAGACGGUUCUUCCUGACGAACGUCAUGCUCGUCAAGGGACACACCAGCGGACACACCAGCAAGCGACACAGAGCAUUUCGCACAAUCAUGCUUACGUGCAGGACCCCUUUGAGGUCCAUGCAUCGCAUCAUCACCCUUUGGCCAAUGUUGUCUCUCGGUAUCAUGACCUGUACAAUCAACUUCAUGGCCAGGGCACCUCUGAAACUGGCCAUCCGCAUCAUGAGUCUCACGGCCAGUCUUCAUCUGCAUCUCACCGCACGAGCAAUCAACCUGUCGCUCAAGGAGUCUCAGGGGAUCACGGCUCGAACUUGAAUCGUUACGGCCAGGGCGCCUUUGCAAUCGGCCAUCCGCACCAUCACUCUUACGGCCAGUCUUCUUCUGCAUCUCACCGCACGAGCAACCAGCCCGUCGCUCAGCGAAUGCCAUGGGAUUACGACUCGUAUUUGCAUCCUUACGGCCAGGGCACCCUGCGAAUCGGCCAUCCGCACCAUCAGUCUCACAUCCAGGCUCUCUCUGAAUUUUACAGCUCGCAAAGGUACCCAUUUGCUCAAGGCACCUCUGUACCUGAUGGCCUGUUCAUCCAACCAUAUACACGCCAUGGGACGUCCGACACGUCGGAACCUCAGACUGGUGAGUAA